AUGGCAGACCAUAGAGGAGGCCAUGCAGGUGGUGGGCAAGGAAUGAGACACAUGGCAGACCAUAGAGGAGGCCACAUAGGAGGCCAUGCAGGUGGUGGGCGAGGAAUGAGACACAUGGCAGACCACAGAGGAGGCCAUGCAGGUGGUGGGCAAGGAAUGAGACACAUGGCAGACCAUAGAGGAGGCCACAUAGGAGGCCAUGCAGGUGGUGGGCGAGGAAUGAGACACAUGGCAGACCAUAGAGGAGGCCACAUAGGAGGCCAUGCAGGUGGUGGGCGAGGAAUGAGACACAUGGCAGACCACAGAGGAGGCCAUGCAGGUGGUGGGCAAGGAAUGAGACACAUGGCAGACCAUAGAGGAGGCCACAUAGGAGGCCAUGCAGGUGGUGGGCGAGGAAUGAGACACAAGGCAGACCAUAGAGGAGGCCACAUAGGAGGCCAUGCAGGUGGUGGGCGAGGAAUGAGACACAUGGCAGACCAUAGAGGAGGCCACAUAGGAGGCCAUGCAGGUGGUGGGCGAGGAAUGAGACACAUGGCAGACCAUAGAGGAGGCCACAUAGGAGGCCAUGCAGGUGGUGGGCAAGGAAUGAGACACAUGGCAGACCAUAGAGGAGGCCAUGCAGGUGGUGGGCAAGGAAUGAGACACAUGGCAGACCAUAGAGGAGGCCACAUAGGAGGCCAUGCAGGUGGUGGGCAAGGAAUGAGACACAUGGCAGACCAUAGAGGAGGCCACAUAGGAGGCCAUGCAGGUGGUGGGCGAGGAAUGAGACACAUGGCAGACCAUAGAGGAGGCCACAUAGGAGGCCAUGCAGGUGGUGGGCGAGGAAUGAGACACAUGGCAGACCAUAGAGGAGGCCACAUAGGAGGCCAUGCAGGUGGUGGGCGAGGAAUGAGACACAUGGCAGACCAUAGAGGAGGCCACAUAGGAGGCCAUGCAGGUGGUGGGCGAGGAAAGAGACACAUGGCAGACCAUGGAGGAGGCCACAUAGGAGGCCAUGCAGGUGGUGGGCGAGGAAAGAGACACAUGGCAGACCAUGGAGGAGGCCACAUAGGAGGCCAUGCAGGUGGUGGGCGAGGAAUGAGACACAUGGCAGACCAUAGAGGAGGCCACAUAGGAGGCCAUGCAGGUGGUGGGCAAGGAAUGAGACACAUGGCAGACCAUUGA